AUGCAAGUUGAAUCAUCAUCAACUGCAGCUGCAGAAUUGCAAGGAUUAAACGAAAUGAGAAAUAUAACGAACAGAAGUGAAAGUGCAAUAGAAACUGCUGUAAAAAAAAUGUGGUCGAAGAUGAAAAAAGUCGAUGAUACACAAUUUCCCCACAGACAUAAUGAUUUUCAAUCGUCAUCGGAAUGUUGUGGAAACAAUAGGAAGACAACAGCGAAUGAAGAAUUUGGUGUUCAGGAAACUAGAAACGGAUCAGGCCGAAACAAACGGAAGCCAAAUUUCGUUAGGCAUAUCAUUCAAGACAACACUGAAGAGCAAAGUGGAAGCAAAACGGAAAAUAUGCCACAACUCUUUUCUGAUGAUACCGAGGAGGGGUCUGCUGAUUUGAACAAUAGAAAUUGCCAAGAUCAAGUAUUGGACAAACAGUUUAAUAUGGUGAUAUCAGCUGAAAAAUCCCAUAAAAAACGGUUGGAUAAGCGAAAUGGUGAAAAAAUCGACAAUUCAGGAAAUGCUUCAUCAAAUGCUAAACGAAAGCGCUCUGAAUCGAAAUUAUUAAAUCUUAAUCAACAAUAUAGUAACAGAACAUUCUCGUCAUUUACACUAGCAGAGCAAGAAGAACUUCGACGCAAGGCUUUACGUAUUCACGACGGAGCCACAUUUCAGAGCUUUGACGAAUUUUACGAAUGUUUCGAAGUUUACAUGAUCGUAUGGAAUUACCCGUAUAGGGUAGGUAGUUCCGAGUUUCUUCGAGAUGGUAAAGGGCAAGUGAUCAGUCGCUUUAAAUAUAAAUAUGUAGUGUAUCAUUGUGCUCAUUAUGGGGCACCACGUAAAAGAGGAAAAGGUGAACGUAUAAAACAAAAUUAUCUUCCACUGGGUUGCAAAGCCAGAUUUCGUUUGAAUGCUGACACAACCAACGGUUGUCUUCGAAUUUCAUCUUUCCACGAAGAGCACACUAAUCACGAAUGCACUGAGGAGGAUUAUUUGCGUAUUACAAACAGGAAGAGACGAAAUCUAACUGGUCAGUUAAUAGAUUCCCAAAUGCGUCUAUCCUUCACUUUAUUUUCAGUUAUAGAAAUGAUUAUUAAUUAUAGAAAUUUCAGGUGGUAUUGCAUCGAAGAAAAUGAAAGAAGAAAAAUGAGAGAAACAGGAGAAACAAAGUCGAAAAGCAAAUCACCACAGCUAACUGAGCGUACAAAUGUUUCCGAUGUUGCGGAAGAUAAUUCUGCAUCCGUUAUUUCACCAGCAGAAAAUCUCAGUCCUACCAAUUUAUUAGAAAGAAACUAUGGCGCCAUUAUUUCAUCCCAAGAAAACUCUGCUUUUGUUCCGGUUACUCGUUCCGCAGAAAUGACAGAACACGUUGAUGGAAUACAACAAAUGUCAUUGCAGAAUUUGCUUCCAACAGAUUCCGUCCGGAAGCAAUUAUUCGCAAAUUGCUUAAUGGAUCGGUUGCAGAGAAUAGAAUAUUUGAUUAUGAACGCUUACAUCAUCAAAUGUGGAGGAUGUCUACCGCAGGAAGUAUACUUACCGUUCAUCUGUGGAGUAUAUGGCGCUGAUUUUUAUCUCUCGGAAUGGUCGAAUGUGCAACUAAGAGACGUUAUGAUAGUGCUUCUGCAGCCACCAGAAAUACUGCUUCAAGGCAAUUUACCCACCGAUAUUUCAAUUGAUGAAGUGAAACAGGUUCGACCACCUGGUAUUCAUCGUGCGAUCACAGCUAUUAGAGAGGAAAAACUAAAGAGAUGCGACAGUAUUUUUGCUCGAUUUGUCCAGCAUAUUUUCAAUGCCAUCUCUCGACCUGAAUUCGUAGUGGCUGUUCGUGAAUUCAAAAAUUUGCUGAUGACGUAA